AUGGAAGCCGUAAAGAAAGCAAGUGGUGCUGUGGUUGUUGGUGUACGUGGCAAGAAUUCGGUCGUCUUGGCUGUUGAGCGCAAGGAGACGGCCAAGCUUCAGGAUCCACGUACAGUUCGCAAGAUUUGUAAAGUGGACGAUCAUAUUUCUAUUGCCUUUGCGGGACUUACGGCCGAUGCUCGUGUACUGGUGAACAAGGCACGACUCGAGUGCCAAAGCUAUCGUCUCACGGUCGAAGAUUCGCCAUCUGUCGAGUACGUGGCGCGUUACGUUGCACGUGUUCAGCAAAAGUACACGCAACGUGGCGGUGUGCGGCCAUUUGGUAUCUCAAUGCUUAUUGCUGGCUGUGACGAUAAGGGAGUGCCUCAAUUGUACCAGACAGAUCCAUCUGGCACUUUUUCAGCCUGGAAAGCAAAUGCUACAGGCCGUAACUCGACCAAUAUUCGUGAGUUUCUGGAAAAGCACUUUGUCGAGAAUGCCACCGAGGAGGAAGCCGUGUCUCUGGCUAUUAAGGCGCUGCUUGAGGUUGUUGAAUCAGGCAGCAAAAACAUUGAGAUUGUCGUCGUGAGAACGGGCGGCAAGAUUUCGCCACUUGAGGAUGACAAGGUGAACGAACUCUGCAAUAAGAUCGAAGCUGAGAAGGAGGCAGCUCGCCAGGCCAGCGGCGAGAGCAAGUCAUCUGGAUAG